AUGGAGCUGGCUGUUGGCGGCGGGAUGCGGCGGUCGGCGUCUCACACCUCGCUGUCGGAGUCGGACGACUUCGAGCUCACGCGGCUGCUCAGCAAGCCGCGGAUCAACGUCGAGCGCCAGCGCUCCUUCGACGACCGCUCGCUCAGCGACGUCUCGCACUCGGGCGGCUACGGCAGGGGAGGCUUCGACGGCAUGUACUCGCCCGGGGGCGGCCUGCGCUCCCUCGUCGGCACGCCGGCCUCCUCCGCGCUGCACUCCUUCGAGCCCCACCCCAUCGUCGGCGACGCCUGGGAGGCGCUCCGCCGCUCCCUCGUCUUCUUCCGCGGCCAGCCCCUUGGCACCGUUGCCGCCGUCGACCACGCGUCCGAGGAAGUCCUCAACUACGACCAAGUGUUUGUGAGGGAUUUCGUGCCGAGCGCGCUGGCGUUCCUGAUGAAUGGCGAGCCGGAUAUCGUCAAGAACUUCCUUCUCAAGACCCUGCUGCUGCAGGGUUGGGAGAAGAAAGUCGACCGGUUCAAGCUCGGGGAGGGAGCCAUGCCGGCUAGCUUCAAGGUGAUGCAUGACGCCAAGAAGGGGGUCGAGACCCUACAUGCUGAUUUUGGGGAGAGCGCCAUCGGGAGGGUUGCGCCUGUGGAUUCUGGGUUCUGGUGGAUCAUACUCCUCCGGGCCUACACAAAAACCACUGGUGAUUUGACGCUGGCAGAGACACCAGAGUGCCAGAAAGGGAUGAGGCUCAUACUCAGCCUGUGCUUAUCUGAGGGGUUUGAUACCUUGCCGACAUUGUUAUGUGCUGAUGGUUGCUGUAUGAUAGAUCGCAGAAUGGGUGUAUAUGGCUACCCUAUUGAGAUUCAGGCCCUUUUCUUUAUGGCACUAAGGUGUGCUCUUCAAAUGCUUAAGCAUGAUAAUGAAGGGAAGGAAUUUGUAGAGAAGAUUGCUACCCGCCUUCACGCUUUAAGUUAUCACAUGCGAAGUUAUUUUUGGCUCGAUUUCCAACAGCUAAAUGACAUUUAUCGUUACAAGACAGAAGAAUAUUCCCACACAGCCGUCAACAAAUUCAAUGUUAUUCCUGAUUCAAUUCCGGACUGGCUAUUUGACUUUAUGCCUUGUCAGGGUGGUUUUUUCAUUGGUAAUGUUAGUCCUGCCAGGAUGGACUUCCGAUGGUUUGCACUUGGAAACAUGAUUGCUAUACUUUCUUCUCUUGCAACACCUGAGCAAUCUGCCGCUAUAAUGGAUCUUAUUGAGGAGCGCUGGGAAGAGCUUAUUGGUGAAAUGCCUCUGAAGAUAUGUUAUCCUGCUAUUGAGAACCAUGAAUGGCGAAUUGUGACAGGCUGUGAUCCAAAAAAUACUAGAUGGAGUUAUCACAAUGGAGGGUCGUGGCCAGUACUUCUGUGGCUGCUGACUGCAGCCUGCAUCAAAACUGGACGACCGCAAAUUGCAAGAAGAGCAAUUGACUUAGCAGAGAGGAGGCUGUUGAAGGAUGGCUGGCCUGAGUACUAUGAUGGGAAGCUUGGUCGGUAUGUUGGCAAGCAGGCAAGGAAAUUCCAGACUUGGUCCAUCGCGGGGUAUUUGGUCGCUAAGAUGAUGUUGGAAGAUCCUUCACAUCUAGGCAUGAUCUCCCUGGAAGAGGAUAAGGCAAUGUUGAAGCCUGUUUUGAAGCGGUCUGCAUCAUGGACAAACUGA